CAGCAAGCUGCCUCGCUCGUGAGCCCCAAGAUGCCUUCCUAAACCGGACAUAAAUCUCGGCUGUAGAGUUGGAACCUGUGAUGUUCACGUGCAGACUCAGCUUCAGUUUCGGCCUCGGCCGUGUCCUCUCAAGACGCUCUCCUCUCCUCCCUUCCUGUUCGAGCUUUCGUCCUCGCAGGAGAGUCGCCAUGGCGGAAGCUGCGAGCGGCAAGUUCGAGGGCGAGUCGCAGGGCACGGCGCGAGGCAACAUGGACGCGGUGAUGAAGGGGUGGUUCUCGGAAGUCAGCCCCAUGUGGCCAGGCGAGGCGCACUCGCUCAAGAUCGACAAGGUGCUCUUCGAGGGCAAGUCCGACUUCCAAGACGUCGCCAUCUUCCAAUCGGAGACGUACGGCAAGGUGCUGGUGCUGGACGGCGUGAUCCAGCUGACGGAGCGCGACGAGUGCGCGUACCAGGAGAUGAUCACGCACGUGCCGCUCUGCUCCAUCCCCAACCCCAAGAAGGUGCUGGUGGUGGGCGGCGGCGACGGCGGCGUGCUGAGGGAGGUGUCGCGGCACGUGGGGGUGGAGCAGAUCGACAUCGUCGAGAUCGACGGCAUGGUCAUCGACGUGUCCAAGGAGCAUUUCCCAGCUGUGGCCAUCGGCUACAAGGAUCCUCGUGUCAAUGUGACUGUAGGCGACGGCGUGGCGUUCCUCAAGGAGUGUCCAGCCGGCACGUACGACGCCAUCAUUGUCGACUCCUCCGAUCCCAUCGGUCCAGCGCAGCAGCUGUUUGAGCGGCCGUUCUUUGAGUCGAUGGCGCGCGCGGUGCGGCCCGGGGGCGUGGUGUGCACCCAGGCAGAGUCGCUGUGGCUGCACCUGCCCAUCAUCAAGGACAUCGCACUCGCCUGCCACCACGCCUUCAAGGGCUCCGUCAACUACGCGUGGACCAGCGUCCCCACCUACCCCAGUGGCACGAUUGGGUUCAUGGUGUGCUCCACCCCGGGCCCAGAGGUCAACUUCAAGGUCCCCUGCAACAAGAUCGAGGACCAGCCUGAACGACCUCACCACCUUCCUAAGUUGCCGCCCCUUAAGUACUACAACUCUCAAGUGCAUUCUGCUGCCUUUGUUCUCCCCCAAUUCGCCAAGGAAGCUCUUGAGCCCCACCUCACUAAGUGACAACAAGGAAAGGUUUAGGUGGAAAUGCUGGAACUAUGUUAAUAAAUUUUCAAGCGAAACUGCAUUAUUCAGCACAAGGGGAUCCGCCUCGUUUGCGUCCCGUCAUCUUCAUCGCCGUCUUCGUUAGACAGACUGGUCUUUCACGUUCACUUCACGGACGAAACCUGAAAAGCAGUUAGUGGUAGGAGCAGUGCAGGCGUGCGCCGGCGACGGGCAGCCAGCAGCAAGAGAGUAUCUUAUCCCGCUCCCGCUCCCCAAACUCCGCCUGGAUUCCCGCAACCUUCCCGCGCCAACGGAUCUCGAAAACCCUCCUGUAGUCGCUAUGUCGCAGAGAUUUAGCCCUCCUACCCCUUCUACCUCUCUUCUACCUCACAUUUAGUUCUCUAGUUUUGAGCAAUCCGCCAUGGUUGUGCUCUGAGCGAGAUAUGGAGAAUGGAGAGACGGACGCUCUCGACGAAGAUCCCUCACAGCACGCGCAUAGAUAUCAGGAGCGACAACAGCCCGCCCCGUCGCACCACGUCGCCGCUGUCGACAGUGCGACGACCCUUGCGACGUUUUCACCCGUCGGCUCGUCGCCUCGCGCCGGUGCGUCGUCACAUCAUGGUCCGAGCGUCGGCGGUGGCGCUAGUGGUA